AGAAUGGGGCCCGUGACUGUGCUGUGCAUAGCUGCCUGUGUGUGACUGUCACAUCUGUAAGGACUGCUACUGCAGCCUCGGCUCGGCCUGCCCGGAGGGAUAGAGGGAAGAGCAGGAAGAGCGCUGCUGCCUUGGGGCGCUGGGCCCAGGCUGGGAAGACAGGCUUGUUGGCUUCCUCCGCGAUCAGCACCCGAGGCCACUUUCCCCGAGUCCGCUCGGCGCCGUUCCUGGCCCAGUGCGACCCUUGAUCUCGGCCCAAGGCGGGUGCUGGCGUCUCGCUCUUGGUUUCCAUCUGCACCUCGGAGUUCUGCGCUCUGCCUGCUAUGGAGCCCGGGCCGUGCAGCAGGCCCGCUGAGCCUGGGCAUAGCGUGAGCGGCCCCGCGGGCGCGGGCUCAGCAUUCCCGGAGUCCCCGUUGUCCGUCGCCGGGGCGGAACCCGGGGACCGCCCUGGAAUCGUGGCCGCCGUGCUGCCGGCUGGGGGUUGCGGGGAAAGGAUGGGCGUCCGCACCCCGAAGCAGUUCUGCCGCGUUCUGGAGAGGCCGCUCAUCAGCUACACUUUGCAGGCCAUGGAGAGAGUCUUCUGGAUAAAGGACAUUGUUGUGACAGUGACAAGGGAGAACAUGGAAGCAAUGAGAAAUAUCAUCCAGAGGUAUGGGCAUAAGCGCAUCUCGCUAGCUGAGGCUGGAGCCACGCGCCACAGAUCAAUUUUCAAUGGACUGAAAGCCCUGGCAGAAGAUCAGCCAGAUUGUAAACUCACUAAGCCAGAAGUGGUGAUUAUCCAUGACGCCGUGAGACCUUUUGUUGAGGAAGAUAUCCUCCUGAGAGUUGUCUUAGCAGCUAAGGAACAUGGGGCAGCAGGAGCAAUUCGACCUCUGGUGUCCACUGUCAUCAGUCCCUCUGCUGAUGGUCACUUAGACCACUCACUGGACCGUGCCAAGCAUAGGGCAAGCGAAAUGCCCCAGGCUUUUCUCUUUGAUGUCAUCUAUGAAGCAUAUCAGCAGUGUAGUGAUUUUGACUUGGAAUUUGGAACAGAGUGCUUGCAGUUGGCUCUAAAAUACUGUCACAGGAAAGCAAAGCUUGUAGAAGGGCCCCCUGCCCUCUGGAAGGUGACCUACAAACAAGACCUGUGUGCAGCUGAAGCCAUGAUUAAAGAGAAAAUUUCACAAGAGAUUUGUGUGGUCAUGAACACAAAGGAUGAAGAAUCUGUAGGACAUCUUCUUGAGGAAGUGCUAAGAAAGGAACUAAAUUGUAUGAAAGUCACGUCCACAGUUAUGGAUCACACAGGCGGAGACAUUAGGAACGUCAUAGAGCAAUGUUACAGUUUCAUCUGUGUGAAUGUUGUGUCCUCUGAUAGUCAAGAAACCAGGAAGUUACUUCGUAUCCUCGAAGAGAGCAGCCUUUCUCUUCUCUAUCCUGUAGUUGUUGUUUUGGUGCACUGCUUUGACUCCACCUUAGUGCCGCUCGCCCAGAAGAUGGAAAGCCUGGUGUGGAUUAGGGGAUUAGCAAAGGAAGUGAAAGAAAGGAAUAUUCUACUAAGUGGACUCCUCCUAAACUACUCACAGGAUGAGCAGAAGCUACAAGAGAGUUUAGGACAAAGUGCAGCCAUCAUAGCUGCCUUAGUUAAGGAAAGAAAUUCUGCACUUGUUGGGCAGCUCCUGGUGGCAUGAAGAACCCAGACAAAAAUCAUCUAUAAGCUUCCAAAGAUACUUCCCGAAGGCACCCCCUCCCCCAUCUCCAUGUCCCCUCCUUGUGCAUACAAUAUUUUAGUUGUUUUCUUUAUCUUGCCAUUUAUUGGAUAUGGUUGUGGAAAUGCAUAAAUGUUUGUGUCCAUAAAAUUAUGUGUCUAAUAAAAAUGGCUCCAACCAGAAAAGGAUAAGUAAAUGGAAAAUACUAAUUUCAUGUAAAGAAUCUGUUCACUACUGUAGCAAGUGAAAUUGAAAUGCUAAGGUGAGCCAUUCUUUUAAGGAUGAGAGUUUAGACAGCUUGACUGUUAUGUAAGUCUAUGCUAACAUCAGUCAGAAUAUGCUUCAGAACUAGUCCUAAUUCUAAAACCAUCCUCUUACCAUGUGAUAAUGUAUCUUUUUUGCCUUGUUUUGGGAUUCACUACAACUUAUAAAGAGGAAGAGAGCUGGGAAAUUGGCUUAGUGGGCAAACUCUUGCCUAGUAUGGGUAUGGAUAGAGCAACAUCACAGAAGAAAAAGAAAACCAUGCUGGUAAACACUGGGCAGAAACAGGAAAGGGGAUGUCUCUAGUUUUCUUCCCCUUGGCCUCUUAUUGCUCUCAAUCUCUACAGAUCUCUAAAGAGAAUGAGAUCCACUCUUUUAUCAGUUUUACAUUGUAUCUUUUCUCUGUCUUAUGAGGUGUAAUGAUGACAUUAUUUUAAAGAGUCUCUACUUCUUCUGGGUUAGUUUCAGCACUGUCUGGAGAGCUUCCUGAAAGUUGAGUCGCUUCAGUCCAUCCAUGCCCACGGUCUUCUGAAAAGCAGGGAGGCCAGUGCUGUGGAGUUAGCUAAUCUUAAUGCUGGAAUGGUGGCCUUGCUAAAUCAAGAUUUCAUUCCCUUCAAUUCCUAUUGGCCAUACAUACUACUGUUCUUUAUGUUGCACUUAAUAAUUUUAUAUGCAUACAGUUGUUGAAAUGCCUUUGGUUAUAUACAUACAUUUUUUAUUGAAAUACGUUAAAUCAGAACACUCUAGAAUUUACACUGGAUGAAGAAAUUAUAAAAGCUGCAUGAAGUGUGUUUACUCAGGAUUGUCAAUAAAUAUGUCUACUUUCUGAAA